AUGCUUUGGCGGGGUCCACCGUGAUGUUUGAGAUUUGGAUUCAGUUUAAUUUUACAAUUACGUAUCUUAAAUUGAUCUGAAAAAACAGAUGAACAGAUUGGAUUUCUCAAAAACAUCACAGUUAGCCCUACUUAAGCAUCCCAGCGUAGGAACUUCCGUAAUCCGCGUCCGGUGAGGUCGGGCCGGACGUAUCCGUAUAUAAAAAACAAGGGUUUGGAAUCUCCACGACAUAUAUUUUCGCCUCUUCUAAGAAAAUUAUACCACAAUGCUUGCCCUGCAGAUGCAACCGCAGUUCAACGCCCAGGAAGCUAGGUACUCCGACUGCAUCGCCGCAUCGGUCAUAGUAAUCUUAAUCCUUUCCGGACUUGUGUUGUUAGGUCAUUUCAUUUCCGAUCCGAUUAAUGAAAUGUCUUCAUACACCGUCACCUCAGCCACAGUCGAUCCCUUCAACAUCUCCUCGUCGCAAUUGACCGCUGCCUGGAAUAUCUCCAUCUACAUUAAGAACUAUUACACGGAUGAUAUGUACUUUGACCGUGUCAAGUCAUCCAUAUACUAUGGGUACCACCUCCUAGCACAGGUCUCCAUGCAUCACUUCUACGUGCUACGGCUGGGGGAUAAGACUCUCAAAGCCCGCCUCAUGAACCACUCGGAGAGCUUGGAUGUGGAUGUGGCCAAGUCCAUGGUCAGAGAAAGGCUAUUACAUGGGGCCGUGGAUUUCCGAGUUGAAUUGCUUGCUCGGGCAAACGGAUAUAAGUACAAUAUUUCCUGUGAGAACGUGACAGUUGGAUUCCCGGCUACGCAUGAUGUGGGGCCGGGCGUUAUGUUGGGCCCACGUCGGAAGUGCAAUGUCUUAGUGGAUGGAAAGACUAAUACUAAGGGAUGGGGCUGAAUGAGGAGGAAGCAACUAGUUGUUAAAGGUUAAGGGCUGCCGUUGAUCCAGCACUAGUAGUCGAUCGAGAUCCUCUCUUCAUUUCUUUCUUUCUUAUUUUAUUUUAUUUUAUU